AUACCGCGAGAGCGACACGAACGGUGGCUAGGUUACCAGCUAAAAUUUUGUUACAUUGGGUUUUAAAUGUACGAUCCCUAACUUUCAUGUUUUUUACGCAUUUUCGCAUGAAUGAAAAAAUAUAUUAUUUAUGGCAAGCGUGUGAUUGAAUGCUAUAUUGGUAGGUAGUAAGGGGUCGGUUGUGUCUUGCACUGGAUUGGCUUAGCUACCAUCACCAUGUAUCUGUUAUACACUAUAUUAUCGGCACUUUUGUGCUUUUUGAUAUUGAAAUGGUUAAAACGAAGAAGGUACUGCAUGGAUGUGAAGCGACUGGAUGGGAAAACGGUUCUUAUUACUGGUGGGAAUGCUGGUAUUGGGAAGGAAACAGCUGUAGCAUUGGCUCUGCGAGGUGCUCGGGUCAUCAUCGCCUGCAGAGAUGAGGAGAAAGCAAAGAAGGCAGUUCGGGAGAUCAAAGCCAGGAGCCACAACAUGAAUGUGCUUUAUAUGGAGGUCGACCUGGCCAAUAUGAAAUCCAUACGAGAUUUCGGUAAAGCCUUCUUACAGCGGGAAAAGCGGCUGGAUAUUCUGAUCAAUAAUGCAGGCAUGCCUAGUGUCCUGGACUGGACUGAUGAUAAUUUCUCCAUGUGUUUUGGCGUGAACCACCUGGGGCAUUUUCUAUUGACCAACCUUCUCCUCCCGCGAUUGAAAGAAAGCUCCCCCAGCAGGGUGAUAACGCUCACCUGCUCGAGCUACAAGUACCAGAAGCUUGACUUUCAGGAUCUAAACUACAACCUCUUCCCAUUUUUCACCUACUGUCGUAGUAAGCUGGCCAACAUUUACUUCACACAGGAGUUGGCUCGCAUGAUGGAGGGGAAAGGAGUGACGGCGUAUGCGGUUCACCCUGGUUACGUUCAAAGUAACUGGACCUGUCAUUUCUCAGUUCUGUACCGGAUCGUGAUGCAGGUGGUGAUGUUCAUGUUCUUUGUUUCCUGCGAGACUGGCGCUCAGACUGUUGUGUACUGCGCAGUAUCAGAUGGGGUUGUCCAGCACAAUGGAGGAUACUUUAGCGACUGUCGUCCGGCUCCCCUGCGAACCUUCGCUAGAGACCCUGGAGUUGCCAAAAAACUUUGGGAGGCCAGCGAGAGAUUAGUUAAGCUGGCCUGAAGCAAUCCAUAUACAUUUUUUUUACUAGACAUUUGAUUGUGAUACUGAUACCGAUUGUGUUAUUUUAUGAAACAUGUAUAAUGUGAAAUUUAUGAUUGUAAAAAUGAAUAAAAAAAAAAUCACAAUGUAAUUUAUUUGAUGAUGAUUUGAAUUUAUUAAAGGAAAACACCACCGUUUU